GGUGAUUGUAAUUGUGUGAAAUGAAAUCACAUUGAGAGGUUCGAUCACAAUCACAGGCACUCGGGUACAAUGGUGCAGGGCGUGCGCGAGUGGGUUCCCACUCGUACUCAGUCAGAAUGUUUAAAAAAUGGUUAGCUUACAACUGCCAACACCACACUCGAUAUCUAGCUGACGACGAUGCAAAGAGUCGAGAUUCUUACAGGUUAAUUUACCAGGGAGAGCUGAGUUGCUGUUACAGUGUGAUGAAGCGGCAGUGCUAAAGCUUGUUCGGAUCACCUCAGAGCCUGCUGCACACACGUGGAAUAGAAGUGACUCGUGAGCAGCAAUACCAUUGACUACUCAACCCUGAACAAGGACACAAUGGGCAAGGCGUUUCUGGCCCAGGAUCUGACGGUGGAGGACGCAUCACUGGUACCAGACACAUGUUGGUAUGCUCGCUCGCCAAAAAUCCGAUCCCCGCGACCGGCCCACAUUGAAUUCAAGGUUGGGCAGGUUGUUGAGUUCACCACCAAAGGAUAUCGAGGUAUCGUUUUCGGCUGGGACGCAAAACCACACCUUGGAUACGACUAUGAACUGCAAGUACCAGAGAAAUAUGUGGACCAGGAUGAGAAUGUCGACAGCCCCUGCUAUAUGGUUAUGUGUGAUUCGGUCGAUGCGGGUGCCGAUUGCGUGACCUACUACGUUCCACAAGACCAGCUAAAACCUAGUACUUGUGCGGUUCGAAACUCCUACUUCGAUCAUUUCUUUUAUGACGAGUACAUUGUGGAGACACAGUGCUUCAAGCUGAAAGACAUGCUACGCGACCGCUAUCCUUUGGACUGGUAACUGGAAGAGAUGAACCGCCGAUGGAGAUGUUAUAACAAAUUCAUUGGUUUGUGCUGCCGAGGCUCUCUCUCUCUCUCUCUCUCUCUCUCUCUCUCUCUCUCUCUCUCUCUCUUUGUUUGUCUUGAUCUUGUGCUUAUUGUUUUGUUUCAGAUAACUGUCUACAAAAUCCCAUGGCCUCAUGUUCAUUUGACCCCUCUUCCUUAUGGGCACCCGCGGUUGUUACAUGCUGAUGUACAUGUAAGGGCUUGCAGAUAGCCCUCCGUCUUGUAUGCGAUCCAGGGAGCCCUGCUCCCUGAUGCAACCUAACCUAUUCUGUACACCUGCUUGCUUGCUGCAAACUAACAUGCCAUGUUAUCUCCAUUAUAAGCCCCGCGUUUAUAUUUUUUAAACCAGUCUGUACGUGUGGGCUUAUAUUAGAGACUGGUCUUAUCAUUUUUAAACCACCUGGUAAAUGUACAUUGCCUCCUAUUCUCCUAUUUUUCAUUAUAUCAGUAGCACAAAAUUUCCCAGCAGGUACUGGGACUGCAGUUUUAUGCAUCCUGGUACGCUGAGUCUGAAGUUUAAUUCCAGACUUUUACCACAGCAUGAUUGUGUUGUUUAUGUAUGUGACGUCAAACAUGUAUGGACAUGAUCCAUACAGUUCUCCAUUAUAAGCCCUGUGCUUGUA